GUUCAUACUUGUACCCAUGUCCUAGAAGCUAGCUUGACGAAAUAUUAUUUUACUGUUUCAAAUAUAUUCUGAACAUAAUAUUUUAGUAUUUUGGGGCAGCGUUGUGAAAAAGACAUUUAAUAUUGUCUAUAAAAGGAUCGGUCAUUGCCUAAGUUUAAAGGAGUCAUUUCACUUUUGCGUGGGAGUCCAAAGUUGUAGUAGCAGAACUGUUAGUGUUACGUUCAGACACGAGUUGGACACUACAGCGAAAAGUAUUGGUUUAGACUAAAUUAAAUUAAUCAGUUUUAAAAUUAAAUAUACUUAAUAUUAUUUUAGAAAAAUGGACGUAACAGGAAAAUAUUUAUUUCUUUUUAUAUCGAUAUUGUCAAUCAUGGUUCAGUUGGAUGCAGUAACAGUUAAUCCAUCUUUAUGUCCUACGAACAAAAUUGCUCCUCACCGACGUCAGGUUGCUUGGGAUGAGAAACCCCGAACUUUUGGGGUAAUACAUCACCUAUUUCGGCCUGGGAGACCACCACAUAUGGACCCACUCGAUGAUUUGCAAGAACAGCCUCAAGAAGACGAUCCAGAUGAUUGCGGGGAAAUUGAAGAUUACGACGAAACAGACCUUAGUUCUCUGACUCCAACUGGCCAAAGAAGAAAAUCAGUGAAAGAGGAUCGUUAUUUCAUAAAUAACGACUACGUGAAUACCUAUCACCACGGGGCCAACAGACCGCCUUCUAGGCCACAUCGACCGCCAAAGCCCACACGACCUCCGUACAACUUUGAGGGCAAUUAUGGACCCAAUGGGUACAGACCACCUUAUUAUCCAGGAGGGUACGUGAAGCCAGUGAGGGAGGAUACUGUAGACCAUCCCCAGGCAGCUUAUCACCUUGGUCUCAUCGGUGGGGCCCUCGGCCAUGUUGUAGGAUACCCUCCGGUUCGGCCCACCACAGAAGGGUCGCAGCUAAGAAAACCCAAUUCUGCAUUUCGGUUCCCUGAAUAUUCUGCACAUACGAACAGACAUCCAAAGAAAACUCAACAACAACCAAACAGAUCAUCAAGUAUUUUCGGAUCGUUUAUAGAUUUGUUAUUUAAAUAAAUAAUUUAUACAGAA